GGUCCCGAUUCAAUACAAGAAAUUCAUUGCCACAUAAUAGCACACCAUCCACUGCAUGCUCUUUUGGUGUCUCCUCAAACCUCUCUAUCUAUCUUCACUCUCUCUCCCUGUUCAAUUCUCUAUCUCUACUAUUAAUCCCUCUAUGAUCCAAUUGUGUGUCCAUAAAGCAAAUUAAUUACUAGAGAGCAUACCCAUAUUUUGGUUGGUGAAUUUUUGCAAUACACAAAUGGGAACAAAGAGGAGCUUCAAUUCUCCGGUUAAUGUUUUGAUUGAAAGGUUGAGGAAGGUUCCAAUGAAAGUGAAGAUUUUUUGUGGGGUAUUGUUUGCUGUUUUUGCUUUGGUGGCCUUAAAGCUCACCAUAACAAAUCACUACUAUUUCUUCAUAGCUUCUGAAACGGUCCAUGUUGCUGGGAUAAUUGCCCUCAUAUACAAGCUUUUUGCCCUGAAGACCUGCACUGGUUUAUCGCUUAAGACCCAAGAGCUCACUGCUUUAUUCCUAGCAGCAAGAUUAAGCUGUAGCACCUUGACAGAGGCCAACAUACACACCGCGUUAGAUCUGAUCUCUCUUUUCGCAACAUUAUUCCUCAUAUGGAUGAUAAGAUUCAAGUUAAAGUCAUCCUACAUCAAGGAUCUUGACAACCUGCGUUUAUACUUUGUGGUGGUCCCUUCUGCAAUCCUUGCGAUACUAAUCCACCCCUUUACAACUCAUUGGCGUUUAGUUCGAAUUGUUUGGGCAUUCAGUUUGUAUUUGGAAGCUGUUUCUGUUCUGCCUCAACUUCGUUUUAUGCAGAAUGCAAAGAUGGUUGAAACAUUUACAGGGUAUUAUGUAUUCGCUCUCGGUGUUUCAAGAUUCAUAGCACUGGCUUACUGGUUAAUUCAGAUCUAUGAGACUCGAGGGGCAUAUCUAUUUUUGGUUGGGAGUGGCUAUUUUUGGUUCUUAGCAGCUUUUCUCUCGGAGAUGGUUCAAUCCUUCAUCUUGGCUGACUUUUGUUACUACUACAUGAAGAGCUUCAUGCAAGGACAAAUUUUAAGGAAAAUGCCUGUUUAAUAAGGAUCAUGACUUAUUCUAUAUAUAAAAAAAUUAUGACUUAUUGAUGUACAAUCUUUUGAAUAAGAGUCUUUUUUUUUUUUCCUUUCAGUUAAGCAUAUAACGUUUACAAUUCUUUCAGUUAAGCAUGGUAACUUUGUUUGAGGCUAAGUUAUCUUACAAUAUGCUUUGUUUGGGCGCCAUCUCC